AUUGCAUACAAAACCAGUGAAAAGUUCUUAUUUCUGAAUCAAACAAAACAUUUUUUUUUUUGUAUUAACAAUAAAUAACUUUGCUAACCUGUAUAUAUAGCUUAGCAAUAUAUUGUUGUACAAUUGUUGUUCAAUUAGGCAAAAAAAUGUUAAAUAUUUUUUAAUCUAUAAACAGGAGUGAAAAGGGCUGUAGUUUUAAAACUACUUACAGAAUUAAUUUUUAAGUAGUUAAUUUAUGUUUAUGUUUUCUCUGCCAUUAUUAUUAAGAUGGUCGGCUACUAGGUUCGAUGUUCCCAUAUCACGGUCAGUCUUGAGGAAUAGGUGGAAGAGGAUAGUAGUUAUAGUUGUAGGAUCAAGAAAUAUUUUUACAAUGAAAAAAAUUAAGGCAGGACCAGUUGUGGAUGUACUUGGUGAUGAAAUGACAAGGAUUAUUUGGGAUGUUAUUAAAGAGAAGCUCAUUUUACCGUUUUUAGACAUUGAGCUUCAUGUUUAUGAUCUGGGAAUUGAAAACAGAGACAAAACCAAUGAUCAAGUUACAAUAGACUGUGCAGAAGCCAUCAAAAAGUACAAUGUAGGAAUAAAGUGUGCCACCAUAACACCUGAUGAGAAAAGAGUUGAAGAAUUCAACUUGAAACAAAUGUGGAAAUCUCCAAAUGGUACAAUCAGAAAUAUUUUGGGUGGAACUGUUUUCAGAGAGGCCAUUAUUUGUAAAAAUAUUCCACGGUUAGUCCCAGGCUGGUUAAAGCCUAUUAUAAUUGGAAGACAUGCUCAUGCUGACCAAUAUAAAGCAACAGACUUUUUAGUUCCCGCUAAAGGAAAGUUGGUUUUAUCUUUCAUUCCAGAAGGUUCGGGGGAAGAGCGCAUUGAAAAAGUGGUGCAUGAAUUUAAAGGUCCAGGUGUAGCCUUAGGAAUGUAUAAUACUGAUGAGUCUAUUCGUGACUUUGCCCAUUCUUCUUUUAAAUUUGCACUAGAUAGAGGAUAUCCCCUAUACUUAAGUACAAAAAACACAAUACUGAAAAAGUAUGAUGGGCGGUUUAAAGAUAUUUUUCAGGAAAUUUAUGAGAAAGAAUAUAGAGCUUUGUUUGAAGCCAAUAAUAUAUGGUAUGAACAUAGGCUUAUAGAUGACAUGGUUGCAUAUUCGAUGAAAUCCGAAGGGGGAUUUGUCUGGGCUUGUAAGAAUUAUGAUGGUGACGUCCAGUCAGAUUCUGUUGCUCAAGGGUAUGGCUCUCUGGGUCUUAUGACUUCAGUAUUGAUUUGUCCAGAUGGAAAAACUGUAGAAGCUGAAGCAGCUCAUGGAACAGUUACACGGCAUUAUCGAUUUUAUCAAAAAGGUCAAGAAACAUCAACAAAUCCCAUUGCUUCAAUAUUUGCUUGGACAAGAGGGCUGUUACAUAGAGCAAAACUUGAUAAUAAUAAGGAACUACAAAAUUUUGCUGAAACCUUAGAAGCUGUAUGCAUUGAAACUAUAGAAUCUGGAUUUAUGACAAAAGAUUUAGCUAUUUGCAUUAAAGGAAUGACUAAUGUAAAUAGAUCUGAUUAUUUGGAAACAUUUGAAUUUCUAAAUAAGUUAGCUGAAAAUCUAAAAGCUAAGUUAGGAGCAUGACUUCCAUCAAAAUUAUAAUUUAUAGUUUAAGACUGUAAAGUAAAAUGGCCGUAUAUAGGUACUUGGGAUUGUUGAUAUAUGUUGUACUUAUAAAAAAAAAAAAAAGUUGGGGUGGGUAUACUCACUGAAAUGAGAAAAGCAGUAUUGCAACUGAGUUGUAUGACUGAAAAAGUUAUCUUCUUUUAUUAAUUCCACGUUGUGUAUUUAUUAGGUUUUUAUAUUUAAUAAAUAAAUUUAAUUUAAAAUAUCA